GAAGUCAAGGUAAAUUGGGCGACCACUCCUAGCAGUCAGAAGAAAGACACAUCCAAUCACUUUCAUGUUUUUGUGGGAGAUUUGAGCCCUGAGAUCACAACCGAUGACAUCAGAGCUGCAUUUGCACCCUUUGGGAAAAUCUCGUAAGUUCCCAGAAGUCACACCCUUUAGUGGAAUGUAUUUUGUCUGAAUAAUGUCAAGUGGUGGUUACUUUGAGACAGAUGAUCUCAAUAUAUUAUUUUUUAAACCCUGAUUUCUUAAAACCAUGGAAACCAUUUCAAAGAUUUUUAUUUAUUUUAAAAAUAUUUUUGUUGUUGGUAGUUCUUAAGAUAUUUAUUAAUUUUGCUAAGAAAUUGAGUCAAAGAUAAACAUUUACUUUACAUUUGUCAUUUGUGCUGGGAUUAGCACAUUUUGUCACAUUUCUGUCAGUAAUGAAACCUUUAUGUAAAACACUUACAUGUCUACAGGUUUGUCACAGCAGUUGAGAAUAGGGUGGGUUGCACCAUUAAGGAUUAAGCUUAAAUCUAGAUUAAAUCAAAGGUUAUCUAAUAAUUCUGUUGCACCAAACUUUAAACCUUGUUUAAAAAUAAGCAGGUUUACAUUUAAACCAUCAUUUUGAUCCUGGAUUUAUUUUAUAUUUAAAAUAGAUUAACUUUAAUCCUGCUCCAUAACUUUAAACUCAUAUUUAAAUCUCAAUUAGCUUAAUUAGAUUAACUUUAAAUUUACAGGUGAGGUUUAAAUCAAAUAAGGUGCCCCUAUAGUUACAAUAUGUGGCUGAUUGAACAAAGACUGAAAAAGUGGAUGUCGUCAGGUCUCAGAGAGGUGUUUAUUAUAAAUAAAAAUGAGGGUCGUGGCAGCCCAUAGUGAACUUCUGCUAUCAAGUCUGGGAUGUGAAUCCAUAACUUAUCUCGGUGUACGACAAAGAAAAGAAGACGGGAUUGCGGCCGCGCCUCUCAUUUCUCACAGGCGCUCCACACAUGUUCUGGACGGCAAUUAAACGGACAGUGCGGCACUGUCACGAGCGGAGGUAGUCACUCCGCGAAUCAUGCCAGUUGUUUUCUCUUUUAUAUAUAUAUAUAUAUAUAUAUAUAUUAUAUAUAUAUAAUAUUAUAGAUCAGUGACUAUACUCCAUUAAUUGAUAAUAUGAAUAUAUUUCCAAGAUUAUGAAAUCCGUAUGCACUGCCUCAGAGUUUUCAUUGCUUGCUUGCUUGAUCAGUUGUUUGAUCAACGGUUUCUCUACGUACGUAGUGGUUUAUAAAGACGGCGGACCUUUUACAAGUUUAUUUCCUUUAUCGACAAAAGCAAUUUAUAUCAAAGACGGAGGAUAAGGAAUAUUAACAUUGUUGCUGUUUAAUUCCAUGACGAAUCCAUCAUGGAGGUUUUACUCGCAGGUUAGAAUUCUAAUCACCGAUUUGUUCAUCUAGGUUUAAAAUUUAGUGGUGCAACACGACUUGAUUUAAAAUAAAACCCAGAUCAGCAAAUCCUUGAUUAGCUGUAAACUUUGCUUAAUUUAAUCUUUGUUGGUGCAACACACCCAUAGUGUUUUAGAAACCAUAAUUUUGGUUUAAAUUUAAUAUUUAAUUGCAAUGAUGAUUUUAAUAGUCACAUAAUGGUAAUUAUCAGCAAGCACAAGGCAGUAUAGUCAAUAUUGUGUCUCCGGAUCGAUCUGUUGUAAAGUGCACCUUAAAAAAUUUUCAUCACUAAUCUCCACUGCUUUUCCGAAAUUGGUAAGUAGUUUUGAUUUACCUAAAAAGUAACAUUUUUAGUUCUCAACACAAAAAACAUGAUACUCUGCAAAAUUUUCAGAGUGUCCUUUAGCUCUGAGUGUCAGUUAAUAGAGCUCUGGUUAUUUUACAGAAAUGCUCAUAGGAUUGGACAGGAGCUUGAAGGCUAACAGCAAGGAACUGUGCACUCUGGGAACUCAGAUCUUCCCAAACUCCAUAUUGGUGGUAAAGAAUUGACCAGGAAAAAUAAAGAAAUCUGUUAACAGGCCAUGGAUGCACGAGUGGUGAAGGAUAUGACAACAGGGAAAUCAAAGGGGUAUGGAUUUGUGUCCUUCUAUAACAAACUGGAUGCUGAGAAUGCCAUAGUACACAUGGGGGGUCAGUGGCUUGGUGGGCGGCAAAUCCGGACUAACUGGGCAACUCGGAAACCUCCAGCCCCCAAGAGUGUGCAAGACAACAGCUCCAAGCAGCUGAGAUUUGAUGAGGUGGUGAACCAGUCGAGUCCUCAGAACUGCACGGUGUACUGCGGUGGCAUUCAGUCAGGUCUCACAGAACACCUUAUGCGACAGACGUUUUCUCCUUUCGGGCAGAUAAUGGAGAUCAGAGUUUUUCCAGAGAAGGGUUAUUCUUUUAUCAGGUUCUCCUCUCAUGAAAGUGCUGCUCAUGCUAUCGUCUCAGUGAAUGGUACCACCAUUGAAGGUCAUGUUGUGAAGUGCUACUGGGGCAAAGAGUCACCUGACAUGGCCAAAAAUGUUCAGCCGAUGGAAUACGGUCAGUGGGGACACUGGAAUCAAAUGUACAGCAAUCCUCAACAAUACGGUCAGUACAUGACGAACGGCUGGCAAGUGCCAUCCUAUGGAAUGUACGGGCAAACAUGGAAUCAGCAAGGAUUUGGUGUAGAACAAUCACAGUCCCCGGCCUGGGUGGGAGGUUUUGGGACGCAACCCUCUCAGGCUCAGCCUGGCCAAGUGAUGAACCAGGCUAACUUUGGCAUGGCUGGAUACCAGACACAGUGAUCUGACCUUGGUUCUUCAUAACACACGGCUCUCACUUCUUUAGAUCCUGCUCUCAUAGGGAGGGUUGCUAAAGACUAAUAGGUGCACAUCAUCUUUUUCCCUACUUUUUUAAGCUUUGGAUCUGAAGCAGGAAUUGCUUUAUUGUAAAGAUUCAAAUUUAGAUUAUAGCGGCAUUUGAGAUGAGCGCCUUUAAUGGAAAUCUGAAUUCAUUCACAAGAUUUGUUCCUGUUUUAGUGGAAUUGGAGAAGAUGUAUUGUAUCUCUUGCCCCCCACCAUUUUUUACUGCAUAUCUUGAGGAAAACUGCUGAUUUUCCCUUAAAUCCCAGCUUCAGGAACUUCACAGGUACAUUGCAGAAAGCCCGGGGUGUAAAUUGUUUUUGGAACUAAGUAUUUUCUUUUUGUUUUUUCUCUUCCUAAAUAGCUGAUCAUGCAUUUGCUUGUUCAUUACAGUAUGGACUUUGAAUUUUGUACAAAAAAACCCUUUCAUUCUGCAUUUUGACUUGGCAAACAAAUGUAAGUAAAGGCACUUUUUGGGGGUUCAUUGGACCCGUGUCUUGUAAAUGUUGACGUGUAAAUGAAUUUCUAUGUGCAGUGGUGUAUAUUUAAUCCACAUUAGCUCCCCGUUCUCCUCCGAUUCUAGAGCUCUUUGAUACUGUGUGUAUAAUGUAUCUUUUUACUCCAAUUUACAGACAGUGAAAUCUCUCGCGUUCACUAUGGAGAAAGGGUCAUAAUGGCCAUACCUGUAAAUAUCUUUUGAUAUCUUGGCCUGGAAUAAGGGUUUCAAAGCAUGCGCUCUAUUUUUUUUUUUUUUUUUUCCAGAGCUAACGCAGCGUAUGUUAGACAAACGUUACAUGUGUGACUGAUAUUUACAAGCAAGCCUUAAUUUUUGCUCAGUCACACAUUUCAGUUGAACACUUUGAGACCCUCAUAGAGAGCUGUAUGAUUUAUUUUAGAGCCUACUGUAAAUUUGUCCCUUUGCUGUUUUAACAAAUAUGCGUGCCAUUUUUGAGUAGCCAGAAAAAAAGGAUUGGAUUUUUUUUUUCCCCCAAGGGAUGUUAAGGAAUUGCAUGUUUCAAACCAUAAUAUUGAGGUUGCUCAAAGCAUUGAAUGUAAAAGGCAGAAAUGUUUGAAUACAAUUUAGCAUUUCGAGUUUUCUUUUUAGUCUAAAUGAGUCUCAAUAAAUGAACCAUUGGACAAGAAA